UCGGUGGAGGCGGUAACCGGAUCAGGCCUCGCUUCUUCGGCUCUUCGUCUCUCUCUCUCUCUCGUUUGCUAGAGAGGAAGGAAUUUGAAGGGAAACGGAUCUGCUUCUUCUUCUUCUUCUUUGAGUCAUGCGAUCCCGACGAGGAAGAGACUCGCUGCUCCGCCGGCCGACCAGCUUCUCCGACGCUCCUAUCUUCCCCAUUCUGCACCCCUUUGUCCCUCUCCCCUCCUUCCUGUUCAUCCCCACCUGAUGCUCUCGACGUCCUGCUGAAGCAGCGAUGAAUAGGCAGCCACCCUGCGAUUGCGACAUGGCAACCGUGUUCCCCCUCGACUUGCUCGCCAACAUCCUCGACCGUGUACCCGACCCCCGAGACCGCAAGUCUUGCCGGCUCGUCUGCCGCGGGUUCCUCCGCGCCGAGGAACUCCAUCGGCGCUCGCUCCGCGUCCUCCGCCUCGAGGCCCUCACUGGCCUGCUCCGCCGCUUUGCCGCUGGACUUGAGCGCCUCGAUCUCUCUGCCUGCCCCGCCCUCGACGACCGCUCCCUCUCUGCAGCCCUCGCUGCCGGGGUGGAUCUGUUGCGGCUCAGAUCCGUAAGCCUUAGCCGCGCCAGUGGGGUUGGGUGGCGAGGCCUGAUGGCUCUCGUGGAUGCGUGCCCGCACCUGGAGGCUGUGGACCUGUCACACUGCGUCGGGGUGGGGGAUCGGGAGGCCGCCGCGCUUGCGGCGGCCGCCGGGUUGAAGGAGUUGCGAUUGGAUAAGUGCCUCGGGCUGACAGAUGUCGGGCUCGCGACGGUGGCGGUGGGGUGCGCCGGACUGGAGAUACUCGGAAUCAAGUGGUGUCUGGAGAUUUCCGAUAUUGGGAUCGAUCUGCUCGCUAAGAAGUGCCAGGAUCUGAAGGAGUUGGACAUCUCAUAUCUCAAGAUUACGAAUAGAUCGAUCAACUCCAUUUCCUCUCUUGGCAAGCUGGAAGUUCUGAAUAUGGUAGGAUGCUCCGAUAUAGAUGAUGAGGGAUUACAAUCUCUAAAGCACCGAAACAACUCAUUACGGAGCAUCAACGUCUCUCGUUGUGAAAAUGUGACUUCUAGUGGCUUAACCUCAGUGAUUGAAGGAAGCAAUUGUCUUCAGAAACUCAAUGUUGGAGAUUGUUUUCCUUGUUCAUGUGGAAGUUGUACAUCGCAGGAGCUGGCGCCGCUCUUCCUUUCGAAGUUGAAUGGUUUGAAGGAUAGCUUGACAGUAUUGAAACUUGAUGGUUUUCAAGUUUCUGCAUCAAGUCUUAAGAUAAUUGGUCUGAACUGCAAGAACUUAGCUAAGAUAGGGCUUAGCAAAUGCCAAUGGGUGACUGAUGAGGGGAUCUGUGAGCUUGUAGCUAGUUGCGUUCACUUAACAACUAUUGAUCUGACAUGCUGUCGUCUGCUUACAGACAAAGCCCUUAUGGCUAUAGGAGAUCAAUGUAAACAGCUUCGAUGCCUCCGAUUAGAGUCCUGCAGUUUAAUAACCGAUAAGGGUCUGGAAUAUAUUGGAACUUGUUGCUCCAAUCUUGAGGAGAUAGAUCUCACAGACUGCAGUAUAACUGAUACUGCGAUGCAGAAUUUGUCUAGGUGUUCAAAGAUGCUAGUCUUGAAACUAGGCCUUUGUUAUAUGAUUUCCGAUGAAGGCCUUGUUCAUAUUGCAUCCAACUGCAGAAAGCUUCACGAACUUGAUCUUUACCGGUGCGUUGAGGUUACUGAUGAUGGUUUAGCUGCCAUAGCAACUGGUUGCAAGUUGAUACAAAAGUUAAACCUCUGCUACUGCACGAAGAUAUCUGACCGAGGUCUGAAGCAAGUCAGUCAUUUGGUAGACCUUCGUGAUCUGGAACUGAGAGGUUUGCCUCACGUUUCAAGUUCAGGCAUUGCAAAAAUCGCCAUCGGUUGUCGACGCCUUUCUGAGCUGGAUUUGAAGCGCUGCAAUUUGGUAAAUGAUGAAGGUCUAUUUGCUCUUGCCCAGUAUACUGAAAACCUCAGACAGAUAAAUAUAUCAUACUGUCCAGUUUCAGGCAUGGGUUUGUGCAUGUUACUUGGAACUCUGAAAUGCCUACAAGAUGUGAAGUUGGUACAUCUCAGUCUUGUGCCAAUUGAGUGGUUUGAGAUUGCCCUGAGAGCUUCCUAUGAAAAGUUAAAGAAGUUGAAGCUCCUCACCGGAAUGAGGAACCUCCUUUCGCCAUUGCUGAUCGAGAAAUUGCAAUUAAGAGGGUGCCGAAUUCGAUGGGUCGAUAAACCUCCGGCCGCUUGCUGAUAGGCAAAACAAAACCCUGUUGAUUGCUCUGUGUCUGCAAGCUGUGCUGCUUUCUUAUUUUUUGAUCGAAUAAUUUCCAUUUUGAUUUCUCGAACACACUUUUUAACAAUGGAUAUUGCAAUGAGUUCAUUAAAGACGCAUCAUACAGAUCUGUUUGUGAUCA